AUGUGCUACAGUGUGUACAAAUUGGAAUCAUUAUUGGAAAUAUAUAGUGAUGCUCACACAUUUGGGCUGAAAUCUGCCAAUUCCAAAGCUGUUAGGAAUUCUAAUCUGGCAAUCUCUUGGUUGGAAACAACAUUUCCCGAAUUAGCUUGCCUAGCAGUAGAUGGUGGAAAUUUAUCUGCACUUAAAGCUCAGCCUUAUAAUUUAUUUGAUGCAUCAGUUGUAUUGCAGGGGCCUCUCCGUAAAGUAUGUCAUGGUGAGGAAGCAAAUUCAGAAGUUCAGGCUGCAGAGUGUGAAGGCCGGGCUGUCAGUUUUCUUUAUAAUUCAGUUAGCAAAGAUUCAAUUCUUGUUACUGCCUGGAGUGGUGGGCAAUUACAAAUAGAUGCCUUAGCUGAUGAAAUUCAGCCAGUUUGGGCUGUAGGUAACCCACCUCGGCUUUGUGUUGAUUCUUAUGACCGUAUACUUGGUGUUGCUAUGAUUUGCGAAUCAGUGCCCAGUGAUCUCUCCAUUGUAAAGCUUGACCAGUCACCUGAUCAUACUGUGUGGUUGGGAGAUCCACCUCCUUUGUUGAGGUUGGCUAUCGUGGAUUUGGCUCUGCCGAGAAACCGAGAUAGCGGUUCACUUAUUUCAAUGUUUGUCGACCCCCUUAUGCCAGAAAGACUAUAUUCUCUUCAUUAUGGAGGGAUAGAUUCGAUAGUGUUGCAUUUUCUCCCUUUUACAAGUCAGACAACUGGCACGGAUGAGGUCACGAGAACUCCCUCUGUGCAUUCCGUUCUUAGUACAUGCCCGGGACAAUCCUCCCCACCACCUCCUCUUUGUGGCUUUGUUGCUUUAUCAGAUUCAUUUGGACAUUCAUGGGUCGUGGGUCUCACCUCCUCUCAAGAGUGUGUUGUGCUAGAGAUGGAGACUUGGAAUCUGUUGCUUCCUCUUAAUGUUGACAAUGAGAAGAUACCCACGAGCUUGAAAGAGCCAAAAGAGAAUGAUGCGCCAACUAUUAUUAGCAAAGACCUCCUUAGUGGCCCUAAGGUGGUUCUUUUACCUCCUUCCUUGCCAAAUCUUCGUUCUGUUGCUGCUGAUUCUAUUGAAGGUCGAUCCACUCUACAUCAGUACUUCAAACUGUUUCAUGAAAACUAUGUAGAGUAUGCACAUAAGGUGUUCUUUGAACUGAAGCAUCAUGGGCCUCAUUUGAAGAGAAUCAUUGAUGACCAGCAUUCUCGUUUACGUGAGGCACAUCAGAAACUUUCAGGAGCAGAGGAAAAACAGGAAAAAUUAGAGGACCGCAUUUCUCGUGCAAUUCAGCUUCACAGUCUCCUAGAAGAACGCCUGCAAAGAUUGAGAACCCUGCCAGGGGCACACAAGAAACCACUUUCAAAAGCAGAACGAGGAUUUAAAUCAGAACUUGACAGAUUCACUGGAGUGGAGUUGGAUGCUUUGCGCUCUUCCAUUGAAGCGUUGAAUGCAAGGUUGAAAAAAUUCACUCAUUCGCCCGAGAGCUGUCUAUCUAACCAACAAAGGCAACUAUCUGGGAGGAGGAAGAAUAAUGUCCAAGACGAUGAAAUCUUACACCUCAGAUCCUCAGUUGGAAAACUUUCCCUUGUUAACAGUGAGAAUUCCAAGAAGGUUAAACUUGUUGAAUCUACAUUGAAAGCCCGUGAAAUCACCAGAUCAUGAACCCACAACUCGGUUUUCGUUGAAGUAUCAGGGUUAUGUGUCAAUUUUGCCAGUGGUAGGAAACAUGUUCAUUCUGAUGUCCAGUUUAUCUCAGAUGAAUUAUGCGGCAGAAGGCAGAUAAUGUUCCAACCGAAGCUUCCAAAACUAAGAUGCAGUUGAAGCCAUAAUCAUUGGUGGAGUUAUUUAGCUGGUGGUUUCCGGCCAAAGAUGCUCUUCAUGCCAGGUUUCUGUUAAGACUGUUCUAUUUGUAAGUGUAUUAUCAUUCAGUGUUAUUAUUAUCAUUAUACUCUGUUUUUGGUAACUGAUUUGUUUCCCAAUUUCUUUAAUGCGCAUUUUGGAGAAAAG